AUGUUGGCUAUCAUCCCUCCCGAAUCUCCUUACUUGAAACAACACUUAGAGACUUUGGUUGUGUUCGACCCCACACAACCUUCCCCGGUCUCUGUUGAACCCACUUCAGAAGAGGCCAACCCUGACUUGUCUGGACCCAAACCCAAAAAAUCAGGCAAGAGAAAGUCCUCUACCUCCAAACUCAAGGCCAAAAAGAAAACCAAAGUCGGUGCCUCCUCUCAACAGGAAGGCACUCAUGACAUUCCGGCUGAUUCUGGCCAUCCGCACACCCCUUUGUCCACUCAUCCGAGGGCUGCAUCAAGGCAUCCAGAUCUGAAUCGAACUCAAGUGGAAUGCACUCUUAUUUCCAUGAGAAAUAGGGCCAUUCAGAGCAACUUGCCCUAUACUCCUACUAACGCUGAAGCAAAUGAUGCACUUACUUCCACGCAACCUCCUAUCACCGCUCAUCAAAGUGCUUUCCACAUUGAUCCAGAAGAAGAGAUUUUUGAAGAGGUUAUGUUGGAGGACGACGCUACAAAAAUUCUGGAUGCCCAUCUCAUGACAUCCAUUCAUUACCAGUCUAAAGCAUCUGUAUCCAAGGCUGCUUUUGACUUCGGAACCUCCUCAACAUCCACUCUGGACGAUGGCUCUAACUGUCACCAUCAAGAAGAUAAUGAUGCGAUCAAACCAGGUCCUUUCCCCACUUCGGAUACUCACCAGCCCCCUCCACAACAAUCAGACUCAGAUUCCGAAUCCUCCAUUGGUGAUCAUGUUGACCCAUUCGCCCUACUGGAGAUCCGCACCAAUGUCUCUGACACUAUGGCUAAAGUGUCCUCUGUAGAGACCUCUGUAACCGAGCUAAAUUUGAAACUGGAUCAAAAAGUCUCCGGAAUUGACUCAAAACUUGACACCAUCCUUCAGUCUCUUUCAAGGCAAUCCGGACCAUCCUCAGCCGAGAGAGAAGCCCAUCUUGACUAG